AUGGAGGGAAAUCCAAAAGAACGAAAAUUGGAAGUAAAAUUGAGGAGAAAGUGUGUAGUGAAAGCCGAGAGUAAUUCUCCCUCGCCGGAGCAUCCCCGUAAACUUACACUUUCAAACCUUGAUCUUCUCUCCGGCCGUUUUCCCGUUACAUACUUGUACCUGUAUCGUCACAGCAGGUCAAACGGAGAUUUGAUCGAUAACAGCGACACUUUGUUCGAGUCACUCAAGACUUCCCUCGCUAAAACUCUAUGCUAUUACUACCCGUUUGCUGGUCGAAUCGUUGAAGGUCUAAUCAUAUGCGACAACGGCGGCGCACUUCUGCUGGAGGCGCUGGCCAAUAUCCCUUUGAGUCAUCUUGAUUUCUACAAUUUAAACCAGACCCUUGAAGGGAUAGUGGUACCCUGCCUCGACGUCAAUGAGUUUCCUUUUCCCUUGCAGGUCCAAGUAACGUGUUACACUUGCGGAGGGACGUCCAUUACUUUCACAUUCGAUCAUGCUCUAGGUGAUGCCACUGCUUUCGGGAAUUUUCUCUCUUCAUGGUCCCGUCUAGCUCGAAACAUGCCUCCCUCGUUCAUACCGGAUCUCGAUCUCGGGCGAAACCUUCCACCGCGGGUCCCUCCAACGUAUCACCCUUCUUUUGAUCACUUCUUUAUCAAGUGCACGCUAGAAGAUAUUAGAAACAUGCCUAAAACCAACAUCUCGCUUAAGCGCCUUUACUUUGUCGACGCCUCUAGCAUCAAUCGCCUGCAAACUCUUGCAUCCGUCGAUGGUAACAAGAGAACAAAGAUCGAGGCUUUCUCUGCUUAUGUCUGGAAGAUUAUGGCAACCAGCAUCGACGAAAGCCACGCCAAGUGCAAGAUGGGUUGGUUAGUUGAUGGACGUGGUAGACUGAGUCAUAGCUCCAUGUCGAACUACAUCGGUAAUGUCUUGUCCGUGACCACCGAAGAGGCGAGCAUUGUCGAAAUAAAGCAGGGCUCGAUAUCAGACAUCGCUGACAUCGUUCACAAGGCCAUAACGAAGGUGACUAAUGAAGCUUAUUUCCAGGAUUUAAUUGAUUGGAUAGAGUGCCACAAGCCUGGAUUGAUGCUCCCAAGAUUUGUUCUAGGUCGAGAAGGGCCUGCUGUCGUUAUUUCAUCGGGACGUCGAUUUCCGGUUGCCGAACUAGACUUCGGGUUUGGUAGCCCGGUGCUAGGAACAGUCUCGACAACCAUCGAAAACAGCGGAGUUGGCUACAUGAACCAGAGGACAAGUGGUCGGGGUGAUGGUUCGUGGGUCGUCUCGGCUAUCUUAUGGCCACAACUAGCGGCGGCAUUGGAGUCAGAAUCGGUUUUACAACCCCUAUGUUCAUCACAUCUUCAAAAAUUAUAAUAACAUCUUCCAAACAGAUUAAAGGAGUUGAGAUUCAUU